CGAGCGUACAUACGACCGCGACUGGAAGACGUUCGAGCACCUCCUCCAACACGAGAUGGACCGCUACUGCAGCUACGCGCGCAUGGCAACACCAACGCCUCGCGCGCCGCCCACGCCAACGCCAGCUGCCGAGCAAGCCCAAGCAGCGGUCAAGAAGAAGAAGAAGCCCCAAGACCAGCUGCCAGCCCUGUCAAAUGAUCAAGAUCCAAGCGGCCAGCAAGCGCCAGGUCAAGGCGGUACCGAAGAAGGCGGUGGCAGCGACGGCAAGAAGAAGUACCCGUGCGCCCACUGCCACACGAUGGACCACAACAUGUGGACAUGCCCCAUCAUCACUGAUCGGGCAGAGCGCAUCAAGCUCAUCAACGAAGCCCGAGCGCGGCAGGCCCAAGAGAGCGGCCCGAAGCCGAACGUCAGUGCCGUGUUUAACGCUGGACGGACGCUGCCGACGCCCGCCUCCAGAACACUCGCAGCCCGGACUGUUGGGACCUCGUGGAAGAACUACCAGCCCUCUUGA